AUGGUUGUGGAGGAUACUAUUUUAAUUGGUGAAGAGCCAGGUGAAAGGAUAAUGGUGCAUGAAGUAGUAGUCAGAGAGACUGACGAUCGUCGCUAUGCUACCUUAAUCAGGGGCGUUGUUUAUAGCGGAGGAAUUUUGGGGAUUAUCUUAUUUGCUCGAAAAACACGAAUGUUUGCAAGGUAUGAAAGGGUGUCAGAGAUACCGCUUGAGGUAUACAAAAAGGGAAUUGAACUGAAAGGGAUUGUUCGUGCUGUUCAUUCGAAUGGUUAUAUGAAAGUUGAGCAUAUACCAGCAUUCACGAUGCCGAAAUUUCUUGCCAGAAGGAAAGUCCAACCAGGAUUGCUGGACGUACGACUUGCGGGUGUUGAUGUUUCGGAUGCUGGUUCGGAAUAUCUUGCGAAAGAUCUGCGCCUGCGUAGUAGUCAUAUACUUUUCACUCCCAUCAAAUCAGUUGAAAGUAACAGAUGCAUCGAUGCCGAAAUUUUUUUGCGGAAAAAGCGAUUUUCGCAAACAAAUUUAAAUGUGGAUUUGGUGCGUCAAGGUUUUGCACGUAUCAUACCAUUGCAUAAUUCAGAACAUGUGAAUGCAUUGAAGAGUAACCCCUCAUAUUCAAGAUUGAUGUCGAAAUUGAUCAUGUCCGAAAAGAUUGCGGAUCGUCGAGGAUUGGGCUUGUGGACUCGUGAUACAUGGGCAGAAGUUGUAUUUUCAUAUCCUGUUACUUUCAGACAGAUCAUUCGCUCGGCAGCAAUAACAAGAUUUCUGGUUACUACUGCAGUUGUUGGCAAAGAAAUGUUUAUCAGUGGAAGUCGUAUAUCGAAACAAGCAAUUAAGAUCAUGGCUAACUUCGAAAAAUUAUUGCUGGACGUUGGUCCGAAGGGUCUCGCUCUUAUAGCUGGCACUGUUGCUACUGGCUUGGGCAUAAAGGAAUCACUUUUUUCUGUUGACGCUGGACACAGAGCAAUAAUGUUCAACAGAAUUGGUGGUGUUGGUGAUGCUGUCUAUAAAGAAGGACUGCAUUUCCGGGUACCAUGGUUCCAAUACCCAAUCAUAUAUGAUAUUCGUGCUCGUCCCAACCAGAUUCGUUCACCAACCGGAAGCAAGGAUUUGCAGAUGGUGAACAUUGGUCUGCGUGUUCUUUCACGUCCCGAUCCUUCAUCAUUACCAAAAAUAUAUCGGAUGUUGGGACAGAAUUGGGAAGAAAGAAUUUUACCUUCAAUCUGCAAUGAGGUGCUCAAAAGUGUUGUAGCAAAGUUUAACGCUUCCCAGCUGAUAACGCAACGACAGCAAGUUUCUUUACUCGUUCGUAAGGGUCUCAUCGAGAGAGCGCUGGAUUUCAAUAUUAUUUUGGACGACGUGGCAAUUACCGAGUUAGCUUUUUCGCCCCAGUACUCAGCUGCUGUAGAAGCGAAACAAGUUGCUGCACAAGAAGCUCAACGUGCAUCAUUUCUGGUUGAAAGAGCAAAACAGCAGAGGCAGGAGAAAAUCGUCCAGGCUGAGGGUGAAGCCCAGUCUGCCAAACUUAUAGGCGAAGCAAUUAGACGAGAUCCGGGGUUUUUAAAGUUGCGUAAAAUUCGUGCAGCUCAAAAAAUCUCAAAAAUCAUAUCAGAAACAGCGAACAAUAGAGUCUAUCUACCAUCCGGGGGUCUCAUGCUAAAUAUUGCUGAUGAAGAUUACCUGCAUGUUGAUAGUAAAGACAGGUUGAAGCGAUGAAAUCACUGCCGAAAAGUUGUGAACAUUGGUAUUGAAAAUUUUGUUAAUUUUGUUCCUUAAUCAUAAUUCCAUUUUGCUGCAUUUUAAAUAAAGUGUUGGAAU